AUGGGACAAGUGGCAAUGUCAAUCAAAUAUAUAUCAAGACGAUCUAUUCUAUUAUUGACGUUAACGAUUGGAAUGAUUUAUGCGUACUACUACAUAACAGUAGACUCAACGGAAAUUCUUUUUACUAUUUAUAAAACACCUGAUCUCUCGUAUAAAGUAAUCAAUAUGAACGAUCGAACGCCGGCAUAUCGAUUAGCAACGCUCAACGGAAGAAGACCAUACGCUGAUGGCGAUCGAGCGCAGGCGACUAUCGUCAAUCAUCUUCGAUUACUAGAGAGAUGUCAACGCGAUCCCUCACUUGUUGUUGUUGAUGUCGGCGCAUAUCUAGGAGAUUUUGGAUUGUAUGCUGCGGCAUGCGGUUGUCAAGUAUACUUAUUUGAAGUGCAACCUGAUAUGAUCGAUUUAAUACAGACAUCUAUCAAUGUUAAUGACUUUCCUUCCUCACGCGUCCAGCUUGUGCAUAAAGCUGUUACUGAUUUACCGUCGAAUUCGAAUUUGACAUUUAGUAUCGCUGGAGGAAGUACGACGGCUGCCAAUGGAACAUUAUCUGUUUCAACCAUUCGUCUCGACGAUAUUCAAUGGCCAUUGAAUUCGAAAAUAUUUCUUUUAAAAAUUGAUGUGGAAGGUUUUGAGUUGCAUGUACUUCGCUCGGCACAAAAUCUCUUUCGCAAUCAACGUAUUCACCAUGUGAUCUUUGAGUAUACUGCAUUUUGGCCUGAUAGAGCAGCCCAGAAAGAGGUUCUACCUUAUGUUGACAAGAAAUUAGGUGCGAAGAAUUUCUAUGUAUUACAUCGGACUGGAAAAGAUGUUUAUGGUCCGUUAGAUCGCGAAAAGUUCGAUGAAUUUUAUGAAAUUCACAUGAAGAGGUGUUUACAAACUGAUGUCUAUGCGACUUUCAUCGAUCUACCAUCAAAUGAUAUGAUCAAAACAAAAGAGAAAAUUUUCUACAGAUUAUUUACUUUUUAUGCAUGUCGUUGUGGAAUAAAAUGA